AUGUCAACGGUUGUCGAGAAACCCGCACCUACUGGAAACGGACUGAACCGCAAGAAGUCCUCCUCCCGUAAGGGCAAGAAGGCCUGGCGCAAGAAUGUCGACAUCACCGACGUCGAGCAGACCCUCGAUGAGCUCAGAGCCGAAGAGCGCACCACUGGUGGAAAGGUGCACCAAAAGACAGAUGAUGCGCUGUUCACGAUGGACACAGCAGGAGACGGCAAGGUUCAAAAGGAGCUCCGCAAGAACCGUCCCCUCAAGAUGGACGAGAUCCUGGCCGAGCGGUCCAAGAUCCCUGCCGUCAGCGGUCGUCACAAGGCCGUCUCUACCUCGGCCCCCAUCAACGCCGCCACGGCCACCCACAAGGCCAAUACCAAGAUCUCUAAGGCCGAGAAGGCAAGAUUGUUGGACAUGAUCAAGCGCAGGACUUCGACCUCUUUGUUCGCCCCCGUUAACAAGCCCCUCGGUCGGUCUGGAACCACAGAUGCUACCAAGGCUGCUGGUCGGUUUGAUGUCUGGGGAAGCGAUGGUGAGCAGAAGCAGGAGCAGGAACAGGAACAGGAUAGUGGUGAUUCGGAUGAGGAUAUGAUUGGUGACUUUGUUGGCGAGAUUGUGACAAAAGUUACGGCCAAGGCGCCACGGUCGUUCAAGCAGAAGCAGAAGGUUUCUUUGCCAGCUGUCAAGGAGGCUCACCCUGGUGCGUCUUAUAACCCUACCAUGCAGGAUCAUCAGGGAUUGCUUCGUCUGGCUCACAAUGAGGAGUUGAGGAUCUUGCACCAAAGGGAGAAGGUUGACAGCAAGUUGGCUUACCCCAAGGAGCUCGAUGCUAUGAUUUCAUUCGACGAUCAGACUGGUGGUCUCUUGGAGGAUUCUGACGACGAGGAGGAGUCUGAGGAUGAGGCAGAGGAUAGCAAGGACGAUACUGACGCUCCCAAGCCUAAGAAGAAGGGCAAAAAGUCGAUCGCUGAGCGGAACCGUUUGGCUCGUGCGGCCGAGACGGCCAAGAAGGAGGCUGAGAUCAAGAGACACAAGGAGUUAAUCAAGCAGACUAACCGCGUCAAGGAGAUCAUCAAGACUGUCGAGGAAGAGGAGGCUGAGGUGGAGGCCAAGCGUCUUGAGAACGAGCAAAAGAAGGAAGAGAAGGAGAGGGCCGGCAUGAAGCGCGUCGGACGAUUCAACAUCCCCAAGGAGAGGAUACACGUCCAGCUUCAGGAUGAGCUGGCCGACUCAUUGAGACAGCUCAAGCCCGAGGGCAGUUUGAUGAAGGACCGGUUCCAGAGCUUUGUCGAGCGCAACCUUAUCGAGCCCCGUGUCCCCGUUGCCAAGCGUCGCAGAUACAGACUCAAGACAUACGAGAAGCACUCUUACAAGCGUUUCGACAACCCUAACCACGCUUAG